AGUAAGGUAAGGCCUCUCUCCCUACAGCGGGUGUCUCUCACACCCCACUCUCCUCCGUCCAAACUCCCGAAUACCAUGGGGACCCGCAGGAAACGACCAUCAGAGAUGGAAGAAAGUCAGCGAGCUUGAAUGCGGGCGUCCCGUUUGCAAGUGUCCAAGGAGACAGCCCGAAGUGCGCCAGCCCGAGUCUGGAGAGUUUCCCUGUGGCCGAGAGGGGGAGCCCCGCGUUCCCAGCCCUGAGCGACCAGGAGUCCCCAGUCUCCAGCCCCAGACGCCGCCUGCGCCAGUUUUGGCUUCAGUCGAUUAGGAAGAGGAGGGAGGGGGCAGAGAGCGCUGGGAGGGAGGGGGCGGGAGCCGGAGGGUCCCCAUUCCUGCACCGCGUUGACGUAGAGAAACUUUCCCUCUCCGCCACGGAAACGGCGCCCGGGUCGCGCCGCCCGAGAUCGCAGGCUGCGAGGACGCGGCGGCUCUCCACGCCCCUGCCCGAAGCCUGACCCGCCUGCAUCGCUCAGUGAGUUAAUGUGUUUCUCUGCUGUACAUAUGAUUGAAAGUGAUAGAAGAAGAAUUUGGAUGGCAGCUGUAUGAUCGAAACUGUCUAAAGUCAAGUGUCUGCAUAUUAUUUCAACUAUAUUUGCACACACCCAGGCCAUACACUGAUUGGACCGCACAUCCAGACGGCUCCUCAUCAUGAACCGGGCAUUUAACAGGAAGAAAGACAAAACAUGGAUGCAUACACCUGAAGCUUUAUUAAAACAUUACAUCCCCUAUAAUGCAAAGUUUCUUGGUAGUACAGAAGUGGAGCAGCCUAAAGGAACGGAAGUUGUGAGAGAUGCCGUAAGGAAACUGAAGUUUGCAAGACAUAUCAAGAAAUCUGAAGGCCAGAAAAUCCCUAAAGUUGAACUGCAAAUAUCCAUCUAUGGAGUAAAAAUUUUAGAGCCCAAAACAAAGGAAGUCCAACACAAUUGCCAGCUUCAUAGGAUAUCAUUUUGUGCAGAUGAUAAAACUGACAAGAGGAUAUUCACUUUCAUAUGCAAAGAUUCUGAGUCAAAUAAACAUUUGUGCUAUGUAUUUGACAGUGAAAAGUGUGCUGAAGAGAUAACUUUAACAAUUGGUCAAGCAUUUGACCUGGCAUACAGGAAAUUCCUAGAAUCUGGAGGAAAAGAUGUUGAAACCAGAAAACAGAUUGCAGGGUUACAGAAAAGAAACUUAGUGUUCUCAUGUGACUUUGCUUCACUUCCUGAUGCUUCUCAUGGGGAUCAGAGCAGCAGAAGCAGCAGAUGCUGGAUUCAAGACUUAGAAACAGAAAAUAUGGAACUUAAAAACAAAGUACAAGAUUUGGAAAACCAGUUAAGAAUAACUCAAGUUUCAGCAUCUCCUGCCGGCCAUGUGACACCUAAGUCUCCUUCAACUGAUAUCUUUGAUAUGAUUCCAUUUUCUCCAAUUUCACACCAGUCGUCAGCACCUACUCGCAAUGGCACACAGCCACCUCCAGUACCUAGUAGAUCUUCCGAGAUUAAAAGGGACCUGUUUGGAGCAGAACCUUUUGACCCAUUUAACUGUGGAGCAGGGGAUUUCCCUCCAGAUAUUCAAUCAAAAUUAGACGAGAUGCAGCGCCAGAGAUGGAGGGGUUCAAAAUGGGACUAACUCUUGAAGGCACAGUAUUUUGUCUCGAUCCAUUAGACAGCAGGUGCUGAUAUCAAGAACAAGCGAUCCUGAUUUAUGUUAAAUUUGUUUUGUAUACAUAUAUUUCAUUCAUUAUUAUUGUAUGACAGGUAUUGUACAUGUGCCAAUAUAUUUUUUGAAUAUCUAACUUUUGAAGAUUAUUUUACUAAAAUUUUCACAUACAUUCACUGUAACAUUUUAUUUUAAAGACAACCCACUGUAAAGUAAAUCUUGCUUUUACAUUCCUCUCUGUUUGUAUCGUAGGUUAAAUUUAUAAAUGAAAGACAAAUUAUCUAAACACUUUUCUUGUACCUGAGUUCCAAAUAAUAUGCAUCUUGAAAUUUGUGCUCAUUUUCCAUGCUGCUAGUUUAUUCUUGAUUUCCCAAAAAGCCAUACCUGAUACCUUUAUAGUCCUGUUGAAAUGUAUUGAUGCCAAACUAAAUGUUCUAUAUUCAAUCCAUUAAAUAUGUCACCAUUUCAUUAGAUAGAUGUCAUUUUAUGUAUUAAAUAUUGUUUAUAUCACUGGAAGAUAUAAGCUUUGAAUGAAAUGCUACCAGGUCACUUUUAGCAGGCAAAUAACAAAAAUAUAAACACCAAUAUUAAUUAAAUCAAAUAUAUUUAGAGUAUUUAUUAUAACUGCAAGGUAAUAAUGUUAGUAAUUACUACUAGCUAUACUCUAAAUAUUUAUUUCAUAAAUAAUUAGUGUGAAGAAAAAAUUUGCUCUUAACAAAACAUUUAAUAUUCAAUUUUUGAUAACAUUAGUUACAUUGCUAUCUAAACAUCAUCUGAUUUGAGGUUUCUUUUUAAAAACUGGAAUAUAUGCUGUGUAUAGUUGCAAUGUCUAUUACUCAUAUUUACUUUGCCAAAUAUAUAUACACAGAUAUAUAUUUUCUCACUGAAUUAGAAUUUUCUUCUCAUAUAUUCUUUGAUAAAGAUAAAUUUCCUCACCAAAGUUUGUUGUAUGAUGCUCCAUUAGUUUUAAUAUUUUAAAAUCAGUGGCAAUCUUCCUUAUAAAUCAUUGAUGCUAUUUAGUAAAUUUAAUUUGUAUUUGGUUUACUGAGGUGAGAUUCUCAUUUCCACAGGUUUCUGUUCAGUUUAAAGUCUUUAACAUGAAUAAUAAAAUGAUUUGCACCUCAUUCUCAACUUGCUGAGCUCUGAAUUUAAACAUGUUUUUUUCUGAUAGUUUUGGCCCUUAUGUUACAGACCUGCAUAUGUAGUUAGUGCAAUAGUAAUUCAUGAUCAAAAUUUAUAAUUUAGUUCAUAUUAUAUGAAAAAUAAAUUAAAAAAAAACUUGAGCCUAGAUUGAAGGUAGAUUUCAAAAAUAAAUCCUUUUACACAUAGGAAUUUUCUUCAUAUGUUAAAGGUACAUUUUCACUAGGAAAAGAAGUCAAAUAUGCUUAUGCAAUAUUAUAUUUGUUUGUAUCUCCAUAAUGUUUUAGAACAUAUAAGCCUUCUUGUUUAUUAUCCGUUAUCUGCUAAGUUGAACCUUAAUUAGAGAAUAGAGUAUGUUUCAUAAAGAGUCUUUAUAAUUUUAUUUGUCAUAUAGUAUUUUGGAAUUUGUAUAAUGAGGAUGUUUAGAAGCCUUAUCUAUGGCUUUUUUUAACAGAUAGAAUUUGUAUUUUUAUUGUACUUUAAAAAGCUUUAUGUAAUAGGUAUAUAUUUAGUGGCAUUUACUACCAGUGGUAAUGCAAUAGAGUACUAAGACGGCACUUGGAACAUUAAAGAUAUGUCACUCUACCAAUUUUUAAUGGUGAGCAGUUCUGCUACUGGCAUGAUUAAAUAGUGCAUAAUUGGUUAUUAAUUAUGAACAUUGAUUUCACUAGUGCAUUUUUAUGAAGAUCCAGUUGAAAAUUGUAUUUCUAUGUAAGCUCAAUGAUAUAUUUGAUUUUGCUGAUAAUAAAUGGUUUUA